AUGCGUGCCAUCGUCGCUUUGUGUCUCAUCUCGAUUGUGGCCUCGGUGGCGUUGAUGCCUCAACAGAAAAAAACAUUGAAGCAGAAGCCGAAUGUUUUCGGAAUCUUCUGCGAUAUUUGCGUGAGCUUGGUGCAAACUGUUGAAAAGGAUCUCACCGACGAUUUCCCGACAAUUGAAAAGAACGUGAACGCUGAGUGUGACAGUGUUUUCGGAACGGGUGUUCUCGAUAGUGCGUGCAAAGAAGUUUGCGACUACUAUUUGGAAGAGGUUGUUGCUGAUUUGAAGAACGGUGAGAACGCAAAGGAUGUUUGCACAUCGAUCUCUUUCUGC